AUGGGGAAGGUCUACUCAAAAGGAAAAGUGCAUUCAGUAUCGGUCAUGGGUGGUGUCCAGCGGCUGCGCAGGCAGCGCUCCAGGUCGCCAAGGGAUUCCCCCGGAAGUCCAUCUUCGCAAUCAUUUUCUUCCAACUCAAUCACUUCAACUGAUUCUGAAAUCUCGUUUGAUGAGGACGACGGCUUCAAAACACUGGUGGAGCAGAAAAAAGCUCAGUUUGCCAAAGCUGGAUACAUGUUUCCUAUAUGCGAAAAGGAGAUCGAUCGGCUACAAACAUUACAUUAUAUGUUUAGGUAUUUCUGGGGAAACAACUUCUCAUCGCCUAUGGAAGGGGUUUUGGCCAAAGGAAAUGCUAAAAUAUUAGAUAUUGGCUGCGGACCAGGAAUUUGGAUCCUUGAAUGCGCCACAACCUACCAAUCCUGUUCUUUCACAGGAAUUGACAUCGCUGCAUUAUACCCCUCAGAGAUUAAACCUCGCAAUACGGAAUUUCUCAACGUAAACAUCUUCGAUGGUCUCCCAUUUGAAGAUAACACAUUCGAUUUUGUGCAUCAGAGAUUUAUGAUGUUUGCAUAUACGAUUGAUAACUGGCAAGAGAAGGUGUUGCCUGAACUGUUGAGAGUAUUGAAGCCAGGAGGAUAUUUGGAAUUGAUGGAGAAUGAUAUUGUCUGGUAUGAGGAAGGACCCUUGUCACGCAAAUUUAGAGAGCAAGUUCUCCAGGCAAUGCGCGACCUGCAAAACAUAGAGCUCGUUCUCUCAUCUCACAUUCCAGAAUGGCUUUCACGUUUUCCCUGUCUAUCUCAACAUCAUCAUGAUUCUCGCAAAGCACCCUUCGGAUCGUGGGCAGGCGGAGUGGGAAAAUUUCACCUGACGAGUAAUAAAUGGGGAGCGGUACAUAUGUAUGAUGCAGUUGACGGCGUUGGCCUAAAUAAAGAGGAAUAUUUGGACACGAUCGAGAAAGUUAUGGAAGAAUGCGAAGGAAGAAAGGGAUAUUUAAUGAGUCAUAGGUACUGGGUUAGAAAGAAGAUCGAGUGA